AUGGAAGGUUUGCCUAACGGCUCGGCGAUUGCUAUAAACACGACGACGGCUUCCUACCCCUCUUCGUCCGCAGCAUCACCUCACCUCCCCCAACACCACCAACAAGACUCGCUGCAAAAACCGCAGCAUCAACAACAGCAGCAGCAUCACGGCCAGGUCCUUCCCCACACUCUCCCUCCCCUCCAACCAAGCAACCCUGUUAUGCAACAGGGCCCCUACGGAAGUUAUCCUCACACUCCGAGAACACCGGCUACGCCAAACACGCCGAGCUCCGCAAGCACUAUGGCCAGCUACCCACCGCCACCUCCGCAGAAUGCGGGUCGUGGCAGCGCCUACCCCAUGAUGGGAAACAGCUCGUACCCCCAGCAGCCGUAUCCCGGCGCGUCAUCGAGUAUGAUGCCGCAGACCACCACCGCCGCAUCGCACCCCCAGCCUAUCGCGCCCGCCCCGGCUACUGCUGGUGGCCGGGCCCCGCCUGUCCUCCGCCCUAUGCCCGCUGGAGGCGUCAUGCCACAGGCCGGCAUGAACUCGCCGUACGGCCAGAGCCCACUGAUGCCGCAGACUUCUAUGCUCCCGGAGAGUGACCCGCCUACACACGUUGUCGGCUCGCAGGGUCGCCGCGGCAUUUUGCCGAGCGCACCCGGACGGCCCGCUGCGCCAGCCGCCGGAUCUGCCCAGGCCAAGAACCAGAUUCCCCAGAAGGAUGCCGACGGGAAGUUCCCUUGCCCUCACUGCACCAAGACUUACUUGCAUGCGAAGCACCUUAAGCGCCACCUUCUGCGACAUACUGGCGACCGGCCUUACAUGUGUGUCCUGUGCCACGACACCUUCUCCCGCAGCGAUAUUCUCAAACGCCACUUCAUCAAGUGCUCCGUCCGGCGUGGUAACCCUACUGGCGCUAGUCACUUGUCUCACCCGCAAGCGCACGUCAAGAAAAAUGCGGCGGCUCAGCAGAAGGCGCUCGGUACUGAAGGCGAUGUGAACCAUAUUAACAAUAUGGGCAACAUGCCUGCUGAGGGAAUGGUUCACCCGUUCGGCAUCAUUCCUGCUUCUGACGGCAUUAACAACGUCGCCAACGACCAAAGCCAGCUGUCGAGGUCUAGUAGCAUUAAUAGGGUUACCGACGACGCGAACCGUGAUAGGAGAAGCAUGACCGCGUCGGUUAUGGGUGCGUCGACGCGCCCUGGCAGCUUCGAGCAGUCCUAUAACGGCAAUGAGGUGGCGAACAACAUGACUGCCAACAUCAACCCGCAGCUGGCCAACUACAGCAUGCCUCAGAACCAAAACGGAAUGCCCAUGUUUGGGGGCUCAAACUCGGCCGAUUGGUCUACAAUGUUCCAGGCUGGUGCGCAUCCCAACUACGUCAAUUCGAUCCCACCUAAUGCCGGACAGGGACAGAUGCAGACCGUAACCAAACCCGAGCCUAAUCCAGGCUCCGAUCGAGCGGCCGGAAUCCUUGGCGACCAUCCUACCGACUCGUCUUUCUUCCCCUCGUGGGGAAUCCCGUCGUCAUAUUCGGAUACUUACCAUCAACUCUCCAGCAAGAUUCUCAACUUUUUACAGUCCUCGCCCGCCGGGGCCACCACCGCCACCUCCAGCUUCCUCGAUUUCUAUUUCCAUUCUGACAAUGUUCGCAAUUUUCUCGAGAACUACACCCACUUUCAUGCUCAUGUAUCGAUUCUUCACGUUCCCACCUUCCGCGCCUUGGAAACGCAUGUCGGCCUGUUAGCAGCCAUGUGUUGUGUUGGGGCAUGCUACUCGGACCGGAUUCCCGCAGCUAACAUCCGCGAGAUUAUGGACCUUUUGAAAGCAGCCCUUGAAGGCUCAUCUCGUAUGUUUGCCUCGCUAUUGCAGGUCAGCGGCACCGAGACCGGUUUUGAAUGGAGUUCUUUCGGGACCAACAAGACCGACAUCGAGGAGUUGCAGGCCAUUAUGCUUACCCAGGUUUUGUUCACCUGGCACGGCACUCCAACGCAGCGUGACAGGGCCCGCAAGACAUUCCCGCUUAUCGCGUCAUCCGCGCGCAAGGCCGGCUUGCUCCGUUUGGCUGCUUCCGAUGAAUCGACAUACAGCCCCGUUCACCAACCAGAAUUUACCGUGGCGACCCACUCCGCCUCCCAAUUCAACUGGCGUGUAUGGGUUGAACAAGAGAAACGGAUUCGCAUCAUGUACAUGAUUUUCGUCUACGAUGUUGCUUUGGGUUUGUACUUCAACACCGGUCCCGACUUCGAUCCCUUCCAGAUUCGCCUUCCCUUGCCGACGGAUGAUGCGGCGUGGGAUGCAGGCGACCCCAACGAAUGUGCCGAAGCUCUCGGGCUCCACGGGCCGGACGCUGCCAAGGCUCGCAAUCCCGAUGGCACCCAGAAUAGCAGUCAACCGCAGCUGCACCUGGUGCUGAAGGCCUUGCUUGACAGCAAUCAUCACAUCCAGCCUGGGUCUACGAAUCUGUUUGGCAAGUUCAUCCUCAUCCAUGCGCUCUUGGCCAUCAUGAGGCGAGCUCAGUUGGAAGGGGGAUCAGCGAUUCUCACCCGAUCUGGGACACCUAUCCCAGCCCAAGCGUGGUUUGUUGGUGCACGAGGCAGUCCCACCAAUAGCGGCCGGGCGACACCGGUCGAUCUUGGCCCAGGUCUCCUUGAUGUCCAAACCGCCAAGACCCUCGUAACGGCGCUUGAUAAGUUCAAGAGCAAUUGGGAUCACGACAUGGCCAUCCAAUUUCCACCUUCACCGGCUGUCAACCCACGUCGGUACGGGUUCACGCGGGAUGGCAUCCAUUUCUAUUGGCUGGCGACGUAUCUUCUCAAAAACACGCGGACACCAGACUUGCAGAUGGCACCGGAUCAACGGUUUGGUUUUGUCAUUCAUCUUUUGAAAUCGGUGAAGCAGUGGGUGCUCACGGACGGGGCUUCGCGGGGAGAGGAACUGGGAUCUGUCGGGGAUAUUGAUGCUUCGUACGGGACUAAAGACGUCAACCUGGACAUGACACAACUUUUCCGACCGCUUCCGACGGCGAGGAAGUCGCCAGGCUUUGCGGCCGCUCAAGCCGGGGGCAUACAAGGCCAACAAUAA